AUUGUACUCUUUGGUAUACAUUUUGAAAUUUACAUUUGUUUUGACAUCUGACUGUAAGGAUAAUGGUCUUAAUUUAAUUUCAAUGAUUUGAAAAAAUCUCAAUUGUAAUACUCUAAUCAAAUCAUUUUGAUUCUCGUCAACUGAUAAACCAAGACUGUUUUAUGUGAAUAAAUCUUUCACAUUGUUGUGUAAAGUAUUAGACACCAUAGGAACCUGAGUCUUUGUGUCAAGUGGUGAACAGGAAAAAAUUACUAAAGUUGUGUAAUUGCCUAUACAUUUACUACGGCUUUUAUUUUUGAUUUUCAAAAAUAUUUGUUAAAUUUCAAUUAAAGCAGAUGGCAAUGCAGUGCCAACUAUGGAUGGGCAGUUUAGAGCCCAAUAUGAGGGUAAGUUUUAUUAUGGCAGCCUUUCAUAGGAUGGGACAAAGGCCAUUAGCAGUCAAAGUUAUGAGAAAUAAGUUUACCGGUGAACCUGCCGGUUAUGCAUUUGUACACUUUCAGACAGAUGAGGAAGCAAUUGACGCCAUGCACAAGCUUAAUGGUAAACCUAUACCAGGUACAUUUCCAGUGGUAAGGUUUCGGUUAAAUACAGCAUCUAGGGAGGCACGAUCAAACCUACAGCAAGAAAGAGAGUUGUGGGUUGGGGAUCUAAGUCCUGAUGUUGAUGACUAUUCUUUGUACAGAGUAUUUGCAUCUAAGUACUCAUCAAUUAAAACUGCAAAAGUAAUUUUGGAUGGCACUGGAUAUACAAAGGGUUAUGGUUUUGUUAGAUUUGGUAAUGAAGAGGAGCAACGUAAUGCACUAUAUGCAAUGAAUGGUUAUACUGGACUUGGCACUAAACCUCUUAAGAUAUGCACAGCUGUUCCUAAACCUAAAGGAGCAACAACAACUCAGAAUUCAACUGCAUCUGUUUCAUCAAACACUGCAUAUAAUAGUGGAUCACAAGAUUAUAAUCAAUAUUACAAUCCAUCGGCCUACUGGCAAAAUUACUCUGCUUGGUCGGGUUACUAUGGGCAAGGUGACCAGAGUACUGUGGCGGGGACCACACCUGUUGCUGAGCCAGUGCAAGCCGCUGUUGUCAAGGCACAGAAUGAUGAGUUGGCUCUAGUUGAGCACAAGAAGACAAUAGACAUAGAUCAGAUGAACCAAGAAUUCCUAGAACCAGAAUUGUCUCUUUGGGAUGCUUUGGAAUCAUCACAGUGGUUCCCAAAUGAAGUGAUUUAAGCACAUUAGUUGAUUAAAUACAAU